AUGAGUUUAUCAAGUAAUAAAGUAGAUGAAAAACAUAUGGCAAUUUCAAUUAAAAAAAAAAUAGAAUCUUUUGUAUUUUUACUUAUGUUAUGUUUGUGGGCACGAGUAUUGCGCCCUUUGCAUGGUAUCUCUAAACUUUUGCAGAAGCAAGACAUUGACCUCCAGAAAGCAUUAGAUAGAUUGACUGAUGCCUAUACAUGUAUGCAGCAACUAAGGAAUGACUAUUGUAGUGUAGUUGAAAAUGCAAGCAACCUGGCAAUUAAAUGGGGUAUUCCAGCUGAUGACAAAGUGGCUCGCCAAAAAAAAGCAAGAUUGUUUUUUGAUGAAAUAGAUGGCGACAGACGGUUGAAUAUCACACAAGAUAAUUUUAAAAUAAAAGUAUUUUUACCAAUUUUUAACACAAUAAUAUGUCAACAUAAAGAUCGCUUUAAAGGUUUACAUAACGUUUGUACCAUUUUCAAUUUUUUGAAACCUCAAACACUAUUAGGACCAGAUGAAAUUACUAUUAAAGGAUCAUAUGACUUUAUACAAAUGUAUCAAACAGAUAUAAGUUCUGAUUUAACGAGUCAACUGCUAUCAAUCAAAGAAAUUAUAAAUACCUAG